GUAAACGCGUGGGAAAACAAGCAAGAUUCCUAUCUGCGUGGAUGUGUACGGGGCAGAGUUGACGCCGCCGACAGCGCCAGAGUCUCUGCCGUCGGGCGCAGCAGCUGAGCAGCAGAACACGCAGCAGCUCAGCAGCAGCAGUCGUCGCGUGACGGAGAGUGAUGGGGCUGUGGACGCGGCUCGUCAGCGCGCCCGGAAGCCUCGGCUCCGCCUGCAGGGUGCUGGUACCGUGCCUGUCACUGCAGAGCAUGAGCACGGCGGUGCGCACAGAGACACUGAACCAGAACAUGCAAUUGCGGCUGUCCCACAAGCCACCUCCGACAGCUGGGGCGCCCCUGGUGGGCGGCGGUGGCGGAAGCCCCGGCGUGGCAUGCCCCGUGCUCACCACGUCCUCGGCCUCGGCACGUCCGGACGAAGCGAUGGGCCAUCGAGGGGUGAGCAGCAGCAGCAGCAACAGCGCACUGCGCGAGAACCCGCUUACCGUGCUGCUGGCCUGGAUGAAUGCAAGGGACUCGCACCUGCAGCACUACCACGACUUCUACCUGCAGCUGGGCUUCGACGUCCUGACGGUGCGCACCCUACCUCUGCAGCUGGCAUUCCCCGCAUCGGGGGCGCAGGUGGUGGCCAAGCGACUCCUUGACUUCUUGGUGAGCCAUCCCAACUACAGCCGCCUGGUGGUGCAUGGCUUUAGCGUGGGUGGCUACCAGUUUGGCGAGGUGCUGGUCAAGAUUCGCAAGGAAGGAGGCGAUUACAGUGCGGUUGUGCCUCGCUUCAAGGCACAGGUUUACGACAGCCUGGUGGACUACCAGGGCAUCCCCAAGGGCUUCCCAACGGCACUCACCCGCAACCAGGUCCUGCGCAAGGUGCUCGAGUUGAUGAUUCGGCUGCAGCGGCUCGUGCUGUAUCCAGUGUCCACGGUGCAUUGGAAGGCGUCGUCACGUGCCUUUCACGAUAACCUGCUCACGUGCCCAGCGCUGAUGAUCAACUCGAAGCGUGACCAGGUGGCCUCUAUAGAGGACAACUUGCGUGUGGCCAAUGGGUGGCGCCAGAAGGGCACUGACGUCACGUUCUGCACGUUUGACGACUCCAAGCACGUGCAGCACAUGGGCCGCUACCCGGACCUCUACUGCAGCGAGGUGCUACGCCUGUUUCGUAAAGCCCAGCUGAUAGCCUGAAGUGAAAUAA